GUGCGCGUCAAAAGUCAAAACAACAAAAUUUUGGAGUGCGGUUUUUGGUUGAAACGCGAAGAAAAUUGCAAUUAUUAUCAGAAAAUUCGCAUGCUAAAGUGGUGAAAAUAGUAGCAAAUCAUGGCUGACGCAGCGGCACGCCAGCUGCAGUACGAGUACAAAGCGAACUCGAACUUGGUCUUGCAAGCGGAUGUGCGGUUGAUCGAGCGGCCACGGCGAGAUGAAGCCACCGGUGAGGUGCUGUCCCUGGUGGGAAAGUUGGAGGGAACCCGGAUGGGAGACCGAGCGCAGCGAACCAAACCGGAGAAGACGGAAGAGCGGAAGGCAAAGCGUCAGAAGCGUGAUGAAGCGCAGUACGACUUCAACAGCAUGAAGGGGGCCACCCUGCUGACGGAGGGAAUCGACGAGAUGGUCGGGAUCGUGUACCGUCCAAAAACGCAGGAAACUCGCCAAACGUACGAAGUUUUGCUCAGCUUCAUCCAGGAGGCCAUCGGCGACCAGCCGAGGGACAUCUUGUGCGGUGCGGCCGAUGAGAUCCUGGCCGUGCUGAAGAACGACAAGUUGAAGGACCGGGAGCGGAAGCGGGAGAUUGAUGGCCUGCUGGGGACGGUCACGGACGAACGGUUCGCCCUGUUGGUCAACUUGGGCAAGAAGAUCACCGACUUUGGGUCGGAUUCGACUUCGGGGGCGACCGGAGUGACCGAGGGGGAACAGAUUGACGACACUUACGGGAUCAAUGUGCAGUUCUACGAGUCGGAGGAGGAGAGUGACGAGGACAAGUACGGAGAGAUCCGGGACGAUGAUGUCCAGGAUGAGGGCGAGGAGGCACGGGAUGAUGGCAUUUUGCAUGCUGAGAAUCUCGGUGGCAACGAAGAGAGCAAGAAGGAGAAGGCCCUGGAUCCGCGGGACAUUGACGCCCAUUGGCUGCAGCGAUGCCUGCGAAAGUACUACAACGAUUCCAUCAUGUCGCAAGCCAAGGCCGGUGAAGUGCUGGGCGUCCUGAAGGACGCUGGAGACGAUCGGGAGUGCGAGAAUCAGCUGGUCCUUCUGUUGGGCUAUGACUGUUUCGAUUUCAUUAAACUGCUGAAGAAGAAUCGCCAGACGAUCCUGUACUGCACGAUGCUGGCCUCGUCACAGAGCGAGAGCGAGCGGGUUAAAAUCCGGGAGAAGAUGAAGUCGGAUGCGUUUCUGGCGAAAAUCUUGAGACAGCUAGAUACCGGGAAACAGGAGAUGGAGGACUACGACAGUGAGAAGUCCAAGAUGCAGCGCAGGAGGAAGGAGCAGGAUGAUGAUAACAUGGAAGGUAUCGGAGGGCAGAUUCCCGGUAACAGGAACGUGCUGGAGUUGGACGAGUUGGCUUUCACGCAGGGGUCCCAUCUGAUGGCGAACAAGCGUUGUCAGCUGCCGGACGGAAGUUUCAGGAAACAGCGUAAGGGAUACGAGGAAGUUCAUGUCCCUGCCUUGAAGCCGAAGCCGUUCGACGAGGAAGAGGAACUGAUGGUGAUCGAUAAGCUCCCAAAAUACGUUCAACCGGUCUUCGCCGGGUUCAAAACGCUGAACCGCAUCCAGAGUCGUCUGUACAAGACGGCGCUGGAGAGCGACGAGAAUCUGCUGCUGUGUGCCCCGACGGGAGCCGGUAAGACCAACGUGGCCCUGCUGACGAUGAUGCGGGAGAUCGGGAAGCACAUCAACGACGACGGCACGAUCAACGUGGACGAGUUCAAGAUCAUCUACAUCGCUCCGAUGCGAUCGCUGGUACAGGAAAUGGUGGGGAAUUUCGGGAAGCGUUUGGCCACGUAUAAUCUGACGGUUUCGGAAUUGACGGGUGAUCACCAGCUGAGUCGGGAGCAGAUCGCCGCCACGCAGGUGAUCGUGUGUACUCCGGAGAAAUGGGACAUCAUUACCAGAAAGGGAGGCGAGAAGACCUAUACCCAAUUGGUAAGGUUGGUGAUCAUCGAUGAAAUCCAUCUGCUGCACGACGAACGUGGUCCGGUUCUGGAAUCGUUGGUUGCUCGUACGAUUCGUAACAUUGAGACCACUCAGGAAGACGUCCGCCUGGUGGGACUUUCAGCAACCUUGCCCAAUUACCACGACGUAGCAACCUUCCUGCGCGUCCGCCCCGAAACCGGUCUGUUCUACUUCGACAACAGCUUUCGGCCGGUCGCUUUGGAGCAGCAGUACAUCGGAGUUACGGAGAAGAAAGCACUGAAACGGUUUCAGGUGAUGAACGACAUCGUCUACGAGAAGGUCAUGGAGCACGCCGGGAAGAACCAGGUCCUGGUGUUUGUCCACUCCAGGAAGGAAACUGGCAAAACCGCUCGCGCCAUUCGCGACAUGUGCCUGGAGAAAGAUACGUUGGGAAGCUUCCUGCGGGAAGGUUCAGCCAGUAUGGAAGUCUUGCGAUCGGAAGCUGAGCAGGUCAAGAACGCCGAACUCAAAGAUUUGCUCCCGUAUGGCUUCGCCAUCCAUCAUGCCGGUAUGACUCGCGUGGACAGAACCCUGGUCGAAGAUCUGUUCGCCGAUCGUCACAUUCAGGUCCUGGUGUCCACCGCAACCCUAGCUUGGGGUGUCAACUUGCCUGCUCACACCGUCAUCAUCAAGGGAACCCAGAUCUACAACCCGGAGAAGGGCCGCUGGGUCGAACUGAGCGCUCUGGACGUGCUGCAGAUGCUUGGUCGAGCCGGUCGUCCCCAGUACGAUACCAAGGGCGAAGGCAUCCUGAUCACCAACCACAGCGAACUCCAGUACUAUCUUUCCCUGCUGAAUCAGCAGCUCCCGAUCGAGUCCCAACUCGUGUCCAAGAUGCCCGACAUGCUCAACGCCGAGAUAGUCCUCGGAACCAUCCAGAACGUCAAGGACGCAGUCACCUGGCUCGGGUACACCUAUCUCUACAUCCGCAUGCUGCGUCAACCAACUCUCUACGGCGUCUCCUAUGACGCGAUCAAGGAAGAUCCCCUUCUGGAACACUUCCGUGCCGAUUUGGUCCACACCGCAGCCCUGCACCUGGAGAAGAGCGGUUUGAUCAAGUACGAUCGCAAGAGCGGACACUUCCAGGUCACCGAAAUCGGACGCAUUGCGUCCCAUUACUAUUGUACCCACGACACCAUGCUAACCUACAACCAACUACUCAAACCGACCCUCAGCGAGAUCGAGCUCUUCCGGGUGUUCUCCCUGUCCGGCGAGUUCCGCAACAUCACCGUUCGCGAAGAGGAAAAGCUCGAACUCCAGAAGCUGAUGGAGCGCGUCCCUAUCCCGAUCAAGGAAAGCAUGGAGGAGCCCAGCGCCAAGGUCAACGUCCUCCUGCAAGCCUACAUCUCCCAACUCAAGCUGGAAGGAUUCGCCCUGAUGGCCGACAUGGUCUACGUGACCCAAUCCGCGGCGCGUCUUCUCCGUGCGAUCUUCGAGAUCGUCCUCCACCGCGAAUGGGCCCAACUCGCGGACAAAUGUCUCACCCUGUGCAAGAUGAUAGACCGCCGCAUGUGGCAAAGUAUGUCUCCGCUGCGCCAGUUCCGCAAAAUGCCCGAAGAGAUCGUCAAGAAGAUCGAGAAGAAGAACUUCCCCUGGGAGCGGCUGUACGAUCUGGAGGCGAACGAGAUCGGUGAACUGAUCCGCGUCCCCAAACUGGGCAAAACCAUCUACAAGUACGUGCACCAGUUCCCCAAGCUGGAACUGUCCACCCACAUCCAACCGAUCACGCGAUCUACUCUGCGGGUUGAGCUCACGAUCACCCCGGACUUCCAGUGGGACGAAAAAAUCCACGGCCAAUCGGAAGCCUUCUGGAUCCUGGUCGAAGACGUCGAUUCGGAAGUGAUCCUCCAUCACGAGUACUUCCUUCUGAAGGCCAAGUACUGCCAGGACGAUCACCUGGUGAAGUUCUUCGUCCCGGUUUUUGAACCACUCCCGCCGCAGUACUUCCUGAGAAUCGUGUCCGAUCGUUGGAUCGGCGCCGAAACACAACUCCCCGUCUCAUUCCGUCAUCUGAUCCUGCCGGAGAAGAACCUCCCGCCCACGGAGCUACUUGAUCUGCAGCCCCUUCCGAUCAGUGCCCUUCGGGAGCCAAACUUCGAGGCGUUGUACGCGGACAAGUUCCCGCAGUUCAACCCGAUCCAAACGCAGGUCUUCAACGCGGUCUACAACAGCGAGGACAACGUUUUUGUGGGCGCCCCAACCGGAUCCGGUAAAACCACGAUCGCGGAAUUUGCCGUUCUGAGAAUGCUGCAGCAGAACCCGCAUGGUCGGGUCGUCUACCUGGUGUCGAGGGACAGUUUGGCCGAGUUGAUUUUCAUGGAUUGGCACCAGAAGUUCGGGCAGCAUUUGGGCUGCAAGGUUGUUAAGUUGACCGGUGAAACCGGAACGGACUUGAAGCUGAUCGCCAAGGGACAGAUCAUCGUUACGACUGCGGACAAGUGGGACAUCCUGUCGCGUCGUUGGAAGCAGAGGAAGAACGUCCAGAAUAUCCAGCUGUUCAUCGUCGACGAGCUGCAGUUGAUCGGCGGGGAGGAAGGUCCGGUCCUGGAAGUUGUGUGCUCUCGUAUGCGAUAUAUCUCUUCGCAAAUUGAGAAACAGAUCCGUAUUAUCGCGCUCUCAGCUUCUCUCUCGGACGCGAGGGACGUCGCCCAAUGGUUGGGAUGCAACGCGAACGCUACCUUCAAUUUCCAUCCGAGCGUUCGUCCGAUCCCAUUGGAGUUACACGUCCAGGGAUUCAACAUUACUCACAACGCUUCGAGAGUGGCAGCCAUGUCCAAGCCCGUCUACAACGCGAUCACAAAGUUCAGCCCGCACAAGCCAGUGAUCGUGUUCGUUUCUUCUCGCAAGCUAGCGCGCCUGACGGCGAUCGACAUUUUGACGUACUGCGCGGCUGAGGCUCAACCAAACCGGUUCUUCCACGCCGAAGAGGACGACAUCAAGCCGUUCUUGGACCGUAUGACCGACAAGACCCUGAAAGAAACUCUCUCACAAGGCGUUGCCUAUAUCCACGAAGGCUUGACGCCGUCCGAUCACCGAAUUGUGGAACAGCUGUUCGACUCCGGAGCGGUCCAGAUCGCCGUUGUCACCCGGGAUCUCUGCUGGGGCUUGAACAUCUCCGCAUAUCUCGUGGUGAUCAUGGACACUCAGUUCUACAACGGCAAGAGCCAUUCCUACGACGACUACCCAGUCACGGACGUCAUGCAGAUGGUCGGCCGGGCCAAUCGCCCUCUGGAAGACGACGACGCCAAGUGCGUCCUGAUGUGCCAGAGCUCCAAGAAGGACUUCUUCAAGAAGUUCCUCAACGAAAGCCUCCCGGUCGAGAGCCACCUCGAUCACCGUCUGCACGAUCACUUUAACGCGGAAAUUGUCACAAAAACCAUCGAGAAUAAGCAGGACGCCGUAGAUUACCUCACCUGGACGUUCCUUUACCGUCGGCUGACCCAGAAUCCCAACUACUACAACCUUCAGGGCGUGACCCAUCGGCAUCUGUCCGAUCACCUCUCGGAACUGGUCGAGAGCACCCUGUCCGACCUGGAACAAUCCAAGUGCAUCAGCGUCGAAGACGAAAUGGACACGCUACCGCUGAACCUGGGAAUGAUCGCCGCGUACUACUACAUCAACUACACCACCAUCGAGCUGUUCAGCUUGUCGUUGAACAGCAAAACGAAGAUCCGAGGCCUGCUGGAGAUCAUUUCGUCGGCGGCAGAGUACGAGGACGUCGUGGUGCGACACCACGAGGACAACAUUCUGAAGAGUUUGGCCCAGAGGUUGCCGAACAAGCUGACCGGACCGAAUGGAACGGCUCCCAAAUACAACGACCCCCAUAUCAAGACCAACCUGCUGCUUCAGGCCCACCUCUCCCGUCUACAACUGGGUGCCGAACUGCAAGGCGACACCGAGCAAAGUCUCGGCAAAGCCAUUCGUCUCAUCCAGGCCUGUGUCGACGUCCUAUCCUCGAACGGAUGGCUUUCGCCGGCCGUGGCCGCCAUGGAGCUGGCCCAGAUGGUCACCCAGGCCAUGUGGAGCAAAGAUUCCUACCUGAAGCAGUUGCCGCACUUCAACGCGGACAUCAUCAAGCGCUGCCAGGAGAAGAACAUCGAGACGGUGUUCGACAUCAUGGAGCUGGACGACGAAGAUCGCAUCCGGUUGCUGCAGCUGAACGAUCAGCAGAUGUCCGACGUGGCCCGGUUCUGCAAUCGCUAUCCGAACAUCGAAAUGACCUUCGAGGUGGUCGAAAAGGACCGCAUCCACUCCGGAUCGUCUGUCAAUGUGGUGGUCAAUCUGGAACGCGAGGAUGAUGUGACCGGACCGGUGAUUGCGCCAUUCUUCCCGCAGAAACGCGAGGAAGGCUGGUGGAUCGUGAUCGGUGACCCGAAGACCAACUCGCUCCUGUCGAUCAAGCGGCUCACCCUGCAGCAGAAGGCCAAGUUCAAGCUGGACUUUGUGGCGCCCAGUCCGGGCCACCACGACUACACGCUGUACUUCAUGAGCGAUUCGUACCUGGGUUGCGAUCAGGAGUACAAGUUCAGCAUCAACGUGGGCGACUUCCAGUCCGAGUCGGAAAGCGAGUCCGACUAGGAGUUUGUAAGGUAAAUGAAUCGCAUUUAUCAUCAAGGUAUAAUCCGUAUCCUGUUUCACUUUUUUGGCUAAUUUUGGCAACAAAUGUCAACUGCAAGUGUUACAUCCUGAAUGUCUCGGUAAGAUUAAUUGUGCAGUGAUCAAUCAAGAGAAAUACAUCCCCAACACAGGAAACCGCACGGUCAGAAUCGUGUGCCCCUCAGA